AUGGCAACCUCUAAGUCGCAACAGUUCUUUCAUACCUCUGGCGCUACGGACUCAGUCUGGGUUCACCAAGACCCCGUUUCUAACCGCCCAUCAUUCUCCAUGCUUAACCAAGACAUUGAGACUGACGUCUGUAUCGUUGGUGCUGGCAUCGGCGGUAUUUCUACAGCCUAUGAGCUUGUCACCCGAGGGCGCGAAGUCGUCCUUCUGGAAGCUCGUCAGGUACUUUCUGGAGAGACAGGCCGGACUAGCGGCCAUUUGACCAAUGAUCUUGACGAUGGGUAUACUGAAAUUGCCAAGAAGCACGGUGAUGAAGGCGCCAGAGUUGCCGCUGAGAGUCACGCCUGGGGAAGAGAUCGUGUAGGAGAGAUCUCUCAGAUGCUUGGUAUCGAGUGCGAGUACCGCAAGCUUCCGGCUUACGAGGUUUCUCAGUACUCUACAAAGGACACAAAGGAACAUGAGGAUGAGAUGAAUGAUCUUCGUAAGGAAGAGGCAGCUCAGAGUAAAUUCGGCAUUGAUGCUAGAUUUGAUGAAUCACUGACCGUUCGUGGCUGGGAUGGAGCAAUUGACCAGCGCGGCGGUCUCAUUAUCAAAGACCAAGCAACAUUCCAUCCAACAAAGUAUCUCAACGGCAUCCUCAACUGGCUCAAGGCCCAGCCCAACUUCCGCUGCUUCGACCAAACGCGCGUCAUGGCCGUUGAAGAAAAAGGCAUUGAGAUUCUCGGCAUCGGCAACAAAUCUGUCAAUGUCUCGACAGCAGAUGGCUACACUGUAAAGUGCAACAACGCGGUCGAAGCAACCUGCGUUCCCCUCCAGAAGCUCAGCGUCAUCGCUCAGAUGGAGUUCAUACGUUCUUACUGUAUCGCUGCGCGUAUACCUAAAGGCGCUAUUGAGGAUUGUCUGUUAUAUGAUCAGGCAGAGGAGUAUAAGUAUGUUCGACUGACUGCUUGUGAUGAUGAGCAUGAUUAUCUUGUUGUGGGAGGGUGUGAUCACAAGGUUGGACAGGAAGAUACGACUACUGAAUUUGAUGAACUUGAGAAGUGGACGCGUGAGAGGUUUUCACAGGUCAAGUCUAUUGACUACCGCUGGAGUGGCCAGAUCUUUGAACCUGUUGAUUUCAUGCAGUUCAUUGGUGACGGUCUCACGCAUGGAGUUUUGGCUGGGCGAUUGAUCGCAGACGAAAUCGACGGCAACAAGAACCCAUGGGCAGACAUCUACUCCCCCAAGCGCAUCGCAUCAAUGGUCAAGUCCCUCCCCAGCAUGAUCGCCCACGACGUGCAGAUCAACGCGCAGUACAAGCGCUUCCUACAAUACGACAUCACAGACAUUGAAGAUCUCGGUCGUGGAAUGGGCGGGGUAUUGAACAAGGCCGGAUCAAAGCCCAUCGCCGUGUACAAAGACGAAGAGGGUAACGUGAAGCAGUACAGCGCUUUGUGUCCCCAUAUGAAAGGCGUCGUGUGCUGGAACACUACUGAGAAGAGCUUUGACUGUCCUGUUCACGGAAGUCGGUUCUCACGCGAGGGUAUUUGUGUAAUGGGGCCUUCGAAAGGAAACUUGGAUCCUGUUGAUGAGGCUGGAAAGACGGAUCAAGAGAAUGUCGCUGGCAGUUAA